CCUCCAGCCGGCUCAUGUCGGGGAACUUCUCCUGCAUCAGCUUCUUCACCCCUCGACUCAUGCCCACAGGCACCACCUUCAAGCUGCUGCAGGAGGACAUGGAGAGGGUUAGCGGAUACUAGAUCCUCUGACAAGAGCUGAUCUUCCUGCUUUAAAAGUUUAGUGUCAGUCUGGGUGUCUCCCACUCCCCAGUGUCUUUGAACAUCUCCACUGAAGACCAGCGGGAGCACCGACCAGACAUCCACUGCGCAGUCAUUAUGUUCAAUUACUAAUAGCACAGGCGUUUCCCUUUAUGACAGUGAUUUUUCAUUGAUAUUAUAAUCUUUUCGUUAUAAAGAGCUCAGAUCUGAAGCUCGGAGCUGAACAUCUUGUUUGCAUCAGUCGGAGGACAAGGCAUUACCUUAAAAAGAGACCAAAUCCAAAAAAAGAAGAUCAUCUGGUGAUAUAAGGAGGAUCAUAUUGGACAGUUUAUUGGCUCAGUAACGCAACACUUAUGGAAAUUCCAGUGACUUGUGUCUUGGGCUUCCUGCUGGUUUUUGGUGGGGCCUGCUCUAACGCAGACACCUCCAAGGAAGAUGCAGGUCAGAAAAAAUCAUCUGGAACAACAGAGAAAAAGCCGAGCCGCUGUUCCUACACUUUCAUCGUACCUCAGCAGAAGUUAACAGGGGCGCUUUGUGUGAGUACUGAGACGGCUCGUGUCAACCGCUCUGAGAUGGUGUCCCUGCGCGCGCUGCUGGACCGGCAGCAGGAACAGCUGGACGCAAUGCGUGGGCAGCUGGAGCAGGAGGGCACACUGGCCAAUGAGAUGAGAGUUCUGCGCAGGGAGAGUGUCAACAUGAACGCCCGCAUCACCCAACUCUACGCCCAACUGCUGGAUGAGAUCAUCCAGAAGAAGGAUCAGGUUUUGGAGCAACGGAGGCUCGAGAGUUUGGUGCUUAAUGCAACAGCCCAGGUGCUUCAGGUGUCCAGCAGUUACAGAGACCUGGAAAAGAAGUACGACGCACUGACUUCUCUAGUGAGCAACCAGAGCCAACUAAUCACACAUCUGGAGAAACAGUGCCAGCUCAAGAACCCGCAGGCAACCACAUCACUUCCGGUUCAGCAGUCUAGUGGGUUGGUGGAUGUGAACACAGAGGCUAAAGAAGUUGCCAGCAAUGUCCAAAGAGACCAAAGUGCCCCUUUGCACCAGGAACAGAGUCCUUCAGAACUGCUGGAGCCCUUUGAUGGCUUGCCCCGUCUGCCAACAGACACACCUUUCACCAGUUACCCCGUGACUAAAUCUCCAGGACCGUGGAAUGACUGCCAACAUGUGCUGGAGUCAGGAGAGAAGACCAGCCGCAUCUACCUGCUGCGACCACGCAAUACUAACACACUUCUGCAGGCCUGGUGUGACCAGAGCAGAGCGCAGGGUGGCUGGACCGUAAUCCAGAGGAGACAGGAUGGCUCUGUCAACUUCUUCAGGACCUGGGAACAGUACAAGCAAGGUUUUGGGAAUCUGGAUGGUGAAUACUGGCUGGGUUUGGAGCACCUGUACUGGCUCACCUCUCAGGCCACCUACAAGCUGCGAGUAGCCAUGGAAGACUGGCAAGGACGACAGGCGUUUGCAGAGUACGACAGCUUUCAGGUGGAACCGGAGAGUGACUGGUAUCGUCUACGAUUAGGCAGUUAUCAAGGCAACGCAGGAGACUCCCUUUCAUGGCACAACAAUAAAGCGUUCACCACUCUGGACCGUGAUAAGGAUGCUUAUUCAGGAAACUGUGCUCAUUACCAGAAGGGUGGCUGGUGGUACCACAUGUGUGCCCACUCCAACUUGAAUGGGGUGUGGUAUAGAGGAGGCCAUUACAGAAGUCGAUACCAGGAUGGUGUUUACUGGGCAGAGCUGCACGGAGGCUCGUACUCUCUAAAGAAAGUGGACAUGAUGAUCAAACCUGCUUAACAGCCACAGAAACAAAUCAACAGAGCACCCAGAGA